GAGACGAAGAAGAAGAAGAAGCGUCGCGGAAACGUCGACAAUGUUGCCGCGAUAUUUCAGCUGAGGAGUUUUCAGCGUAGCACCGCUAGCUUCCACAACAUUUGGCUAACUUGUUAUUUUCACACUUUUCGCUGCUUGUGGUGGCUUCUCUGAACGGCUCGGCCUGGUUUGGUUAAUCCGGGAGAAGAAGCGCAGCAGCAGGCUUCGAAGCAGUUUAUCCGCCUCCAGCUGUCGAGCAUUAAUUUACCGAGACGCUAUCCCGGGUUACAUUAGCAGGCUUUGUCACACGAAAGAGGGCACACAGCUUCUUGUCCGCAGACGUUAACCGGUUUCGCGGACGAUGGUUUUACUGAAAAACCUCCGUCCUCCCACCGAGGGUGUGCGACAUGAGCAAGCCGAGACCACGGCGGUGAUGGACGGCCAGAAGCUCGGCUGCGGGACGCUCUACGUUGCCGAAACGCGCCUGUCGUGGUUCGACGGCUCAGGGUUGGGUUUCUCUCUGGAGUAUCCCACCAUCGGCCUGCACGCCAUCUCCAGAGACGUCAGCGCGUACCCACAGGAACAUCUGUACGUCAUGGUCAACGGCAAACUCGGAGGUGAGAAUGAGGCAGAAAUGGCAGAGAAAGCAGCUGAUGAUGAAGACGAUGACGACAGCGGCAACAGCGCAGGUGACGACGACGACGAUGAGGAAGGAACGAUCACGGAGAUUCGAUUUGUGCCCAGCGACAAGGCGGCGCUGGAGUCCAUGUUCUCGGCCAUGUGCGAGUGCCAGGCGCUGCAUCCCGACCCGGAGGACGACGACGACUCCGACAACGACUUCGAAGGAGAAGAGUACGACGUGGAGGAGGCCGAGGCAGAGCACGGCCACGCUGACGUCCCCACCUUCUACACCUGUGACGAGGGUCUGUCGGCGCUCACGCAGGAGGGCCAGGCCACGCUGGAGAGGCUGGAGGGGAUGUUAGCCCAGUCGGUCGCUCAGCAGUACCACAUGGCUGGAGUCCGGACUGAAGAAACCAGCGGCGAGUUCGAAGACGGGAUGGAGGUGGAUGCAGCAGCGACGGAGGCCGGUCAGUUUGAGGAUGCGGACGUCGAGCACUGAUGGAAGUCCCGUCAGCAGCCAAUCAGAGCCCCGGUGUUGCAUCAUGUGACUGGAGCACUUCCUCACGGCUCCCAGCCUUUACUCCCCUCCUGUUCCGGGCACUUCCUGUUCUCCACCAGACAAACCUUUCCUCGCGUGCUUGAGCUCACCUGUUGCGGCUCCCCUCGUGUGUCCUGUUGUGUUGUAGGUUUUCUGCUCCUCCGGCUGUCGUCUCAUCACUAAUUUGUCCAAGUCGUCCGAACUCGAUUGAGCUUCGGCCCAAAUCCUGUUGUUGACUGUAAAAACUAAACUCUUGACUUUGUGUUUGUUUUGUACCUGAUGACCAACUUAAUAUCUGAUAUUCCUGUCGAGGAGGUUAAAGUCUUUAUAAGAAAUUGUCAAUAAAUGCAUAGUUUUUGUA